AUGCCUAUCCAAUCACCAGCCUUUCCCCCCGAACCCACCCUCGAUUCCAUCCCCAACUUUGACCCCGAAAAGUUCCAGCCCCCAGCUUGGGCCAAAACGCAGUCUUUCCAAUGGGGGACAGAUCCCUCUGGUAAAGCCCCCAAUGGUGUUUCGAAACUUGAUCUGAGUGAUGAUGAAAGUGAUGGGGAUGAGGAUGAUGAUUUUGAAGAUGCCCAAUCGAGCUUUGACCUGCACGCGGGCGAUGAGGUGUUGGGCAUCAAUCCGGAGGAAGCAAUGUUCACUAUCGAUGAGCUCAGAGAGCUGUUGUCCCGGGCAACGCAGCUGAAAUUGGAGGGAAACAGCCUCUAUACGAGUAAACCGCCGAAAUAUGAAGAGGCCGUCCAGGCAUAUCAGCGGGCCAUUGAACACCUCCCCCUGUUCCCAUCUAAAGAGGAGGAAGAUUCCGAGGUCGAAGAUGAAGACACGGGGGAAAGAAUCAAGAAGACCAAGGAGGGUAAGGAGAAGGAGGAAAAAGAGAAGGAGGCACCUCCUGCUGUUCCAGCUUCAAGCGGUCUGCAGGAGAUCUCAGAGGAGGAAGCCAUACUCAUCUCGAAGCAAGAAGACGAAGGAGCGCCUAGACAGGAGGAAGAUGAUCGACCUGAGGAAGAGAAGGAGAGAGAAAAGGUGGAAAAUGAAAUCAAGGAAUGUACAAAGGCUUGUAAUGGCAAUCUGGCGGCUUGUUUCAUUGCUCUGAAACAAGACGAGAAAGCCGUCAAAGCCUGUACCGAAGCCAUCAAGAUUGACCCGAAUUACACUAAAGGUCUUCACCGCAGAGCAACAUCCAACGAGCGUAUUGGCUCGCUCACUGCGCUAUCUUCCGCUAAAGAAGACUAUACCCUCCUCCUAACGCUAUUGCCCCCAUCCUCUCCUCUACUCCCCUCCAUACGCCGAUCACUCGUUACUCUCCCGCCAAAGAUCCAAAAGCAGGAGAAAGAGCAGUAUGACGAGAUGAUGGGGAAACUCAAGAGCCUGGGUAAUUCCCUGUUGGGCAACUUUGGGUUAACGACAGACAAUUUCAAGUUUGAGGAGCAGCCUGGCGGGGGUUAUAGUAUGAACUUUAGCCAGUAG